GUUCCCGGGGGGAAGGGAAGGGGAGCGUGUCGGGCGGUGCGGCGCCGUUUCCCGUCCCCCGCGGAAGAUGGCGGCGCCCAGCGCGCUGCUGGCCUGGUGUGUCCAACACCUGCGCGGGGACUUCGGGCUGGACGUGGGCGAGGAGGUGGUGAGGUACAUCUUGUCAAUCACGGACGAGGAUGAGAUCCGGGAGUACGUUGUUGACCUAGUGCAGGGCACGGACGGGAAGAAGGGCUGGUUUGUGGAGGAGCUGCUGAGCAGAUGGAGGAAAUCUGCCCAGCUGCCCUCCGAGCCUUUCUCGGCGUUCCGGAAAAAGGACGAGGCUGUGGAGGUGCUGCGGGCUGGGGACCCAGGGAAGAAGGGGAAGCGCAAAGGGCGGAACAGGCAGGAGACGCCGGCGUACACCGAGCCCAGUGCCCACGGGGACGAGGUGAAAACCCCCCUGGACCUGGCCAAGGCCCAGGAGAGCAGCAGCGGGGUCAGCAGCAGCAGCAUUUCCUCCAAGAAGAAGCCCAAGUAUGUCAGCCUGUACACCAGGGAGGGGCAGGACAGGCUGGCCGUGCUCAUCCCAGGCCGCCACGCCUGCGAGUGCCUGGGCCAGAAGCACAAACUCAUCAACAACUGCCUGGAGUGCGGGCGCAUCGUCUGUGAGCAGGAGGGCUCCGGGCCCUGCCUCUUCUGUGGGGCCCUGGUGUGCACUAAAGAGGAGCAGGACAUUCUUCAGAGGGACUCCAACAAGAGCCAGAAGCUGCUGAAGAAGCUCAUGGCAGGUGCUGAAAAUUCAGGGAAUUUGGAUGCCAUAAGCAGAGACUUGCUGCCUCACCAGGAAGCGAGACUCAGAUCAGGCCUGGAGAAGGCUGUGAAGCACAAAGACAAGCUGUUGGAGUUUGAUAGGACAAGCGUGCGCCGGACCCAGGUCAUCGAUGACGAGUCCGAUUACUUCUCCACCGACUCCAACCAGUGGCUGUCCAAGCAGGAGAGGGAAGCGCUCCAGAAGAGGGAGCAGGAGCUGCGGGAGCUGCGCCACGCCUCCCGGCUCGCCAAGAAAAUCACCAUCGACUUCGCUGGCAGGCGGGUCUUGGAGGAGGACAACAGCAUGGCUGAGUACCACAGCAAACUGGAUGAGACCAUUGAGGCCAUGAGCUGUGGUGCACUGAGCGAGCCAGCCAGGAGUCCUGGGGCAGAGGUGACACCAAACUCUGGGGUUUUGGUGAAUCCCCGUCUCCUCCAGCCUGCUCCUUUGUGGGUGGACCAGACUGGUUUGCUGCCACAAAGGAAAACUGUUCAUUCCACGGAGGCUGGCAGCGAGUGUGGCUGGGAGCGGAGCAGGCUGCGGAUCCAGGACAGGGAGCUGCAGGAGAUCUCGGAUGAUGGGUGGUGCCUCAGCCUGCACCAGCCCUGGGCUUCCUUGCUCGUGAGAGGACUCAAAAGGGUGGAGGGCAGGACCUGGUACACGUCUCAUCGAGGGAGGUUAUGGAUUGCAGCUACUGCUAAAAGACCUUCCCCUCAGGAAAUCUCUGAACUGGAGGCCACCUACAGAAUGCUGCUUCAGAAAGAUGUGGAAUUUCCAAGUGAAUAUCCCUCAGGAUGCCUCCUGGGCUGUGUGGACGUGACUGAUUGUUUAUCACAAGAGCAAUUUCAGGAGCAGUAUCCACACCUGAGCCAGGAGUCCGGGUCUCCGUUUGUCUUUAUCUGCACUAAUCCCCAGGAGAUGGUUCUGAAGUUUCCCAUCAAAGGAAAACACAAAAUCUGUUCUCGUGCUCCUUCACUCCCACCUCUGCCUCUGUCUGGCCAUGGGUGGCUGAGGGUGAAGCUGCUCUGCGGCUCCUGCGCGUCUGCCUCGCCGGGUGCAGGUGCUGCCAGUCCCCUCCCCAUCUGUCACAUCAUCUCCUUUGUGUUGUGACACUUUCCUGCUUGGAGAAGGAUCAGUCUAACAGCCUGGAAGGAAGCCGGCUGUGCUGGCGGCUGCCUGUGCUCCCACUCCCACUGCUGGCCCUGCCUUCCCUGCCCUCCAUCCCGACAGGAGCUGUCACAGGAGCAGUGCAGGGGGGCUGUGGAGCUGUGUGUUCACCUCCCGGGAGGGACACGCUCCGUCUGGGUGAUAUUUAUGACAGCCUAGGGAAGGAGCAAGGAAGCCUUUGACCUUUCAUCAGCGCAAGGCGCUGUUUUAAUAGAAGCUGGCAUUGCAUCCCAGGCAGUCAGAAGCUUAAUUCUCCCAGCUGGAAGCAAAGCAGAGGGAAGGUGCCAGCUCACAUCCCCACCUGGGCUUGCUGGCUGCCCUGGUCUCCUUGAAACCUGGCUCAAACCAUGACAAAAUGCCAGUUUGUCCUGUUGGGAAGCCAAGCCAGAGCAGUUUUCCUUGCCAGAUAACAGCAUGGACCUCGCCACAGUGACAUCCGGAUGCUUCUCUGUUGCAAAUUACUUCUUUCUAGCAGCCUGGGGAUGGGAAAAAACCCUAACAUGGCUCAAUUUUUGCUGCCAGGGUCAUUGUUUUUGUGGAAGGGAUGGGCACAGUGUUGCAUCUGGAAGCACAGCUCCUCACAAAUACAUCGCUGUGUAGUUUUAGUGCAUGAAGGCAAAGCUCAUUGGCCUUUCUCAUUGGAGAUUUCCUUGAAUCCAGGCAAAGCUACCCUGAAGCAUCACUUAGAAACCUCCCUCCAGCAGCCAGCAGCUGGAAGAGUGCAGAGCAAAGGACAUGGUGUGAGACGAGAGGCCUUGAAUCAUUGAGUAGAAAGAGCAAGGGACCCUGGGGCUCUUUGCCUUAUUUUUAGCCUUUUCUUAAAGAUUACCUGUGUGGUGUGUGGUGUUUGCCAGCUGGGAGAGCAGAGGAGCCUCCCAAUUUUAGGGUCCAGGAGAAGCAGGCAGGCACAUGAAAUAUAACAGCCCUGGUGACAGGAGGUGGUGUUGAGGGACCAGAGUGUGAAGAGGAUGUGAACUUGCUGCCUUUCUCCUGCCAAAACCACCGUGGUGUGGGGACAGGGUGGUCUGACACACUUCUUCUGGAUGGGCUGGCUCAGCCUGCGUGGGUGCCAGUGGAUGCCACUGGAAACAGCAGUUGCAAGGAGGGGACUUCUUCCUCAUCCAUAGGUUGUGGGGGAAAGUCUUCUCUGGGGUGGCCAAGGGGAUGGAAGAUCUCCCAGAACAUCUUCCAAGAUGUGAAGGACAAGAAGAGGCAGUGUUUUCCCCAGGUCCCACUGGAGCUGCUGCCUGAGCUUUUCUCUGGUGGCAAAGGCAGCAGAUGGCCUUGGAGACCACCACCCUGGCCAGUGGCAACAUGGAGCAGGUGUCCCCAUCACACUGGGUGCCUGUUGCACCAUCGUCCCAAGCUGGGGGUUUGUUGUCCCCAGUCCUCCUUUCGCCGCACCGCGGUCAAACCGGUCCCUGGCGCGUUGCUAGACCGUCCCCAUCUCCUCCGAGCGUAUCAAUGCGCGUCCUGCGGGCAGGCGCAGGGAUCAGUUUCCCCCCUGGUAGUGGCAGGCGAGUGCUGGAUGUUAAUUUACUCUUCUCCUCGCUGAAUUUCCCCCCCUUGGCCGCGUCGGACACGCUUGCCCCUGGCUCCCCGGUGUCGCGCCUGCGGAGGGAGGCCGCGGCGGCUGGAAACGCCUGGCUCCUCAAGCAGGAUAAUUGGAUGUGACAGGAACACACUAACUAGGAGACCUCGCUGCCUCCAGCUCAUUUGCAUUGCAAAUAGCAUUUAAAAAUAAAGAGUGAUGAGGGUUUGUUGUGUUUUUCUUUUUUCUUUA